CCUAGUGACAUGCCCCGCCGAGACGGCUUUGUGACUGGACCCCUUUUUUCGAUGGAGGUGCUUGGAGGUGCCAAGUACGUUGUGUUCCUUGUGCUGGAGCCGGAGGGUAAAUGACAUUGUAGGCAGAUAUGUACAUAGGUAGGUAUAGGUAGAUUAGGUAGGGUAAAAUGCCUGGUGAAGAUACUUACUUACAUGCCCGUCUGCCGCCUUCUGCAGGUGGUCGCAUUGAGUUUCUACACUUACGUCUUCCGUUGCGUCGGGGACCCUGCGAUUCAUGCCGGGUUUGGUUCACGCACGCAUGCUCGGGUCGGAGGUACGGUGGUGUGUGGUGCGUUGGAUAUAUGUAGGCAUUAUUCAGCUGAGGGCUCGGGGAUUGGGUCCUUCGGACGUUGGUCCGGUAUUACUGUCAGAAGUCAAUUCCUCUGAAUUUCGGCUCUCUCUUUCGUCUUUUCUUUUCUCGGCUCCUUGCUUGCUUGCGUGCUUGCUUGCUUAUGGUUAUAUGUAAUACUUAGUAUGGGUAUGUUUGGAUAUCGGUAUGAGGUACGUAGGUG